UACGAGGGAUCCGCGCACAUCUUAUCAUGAUCUUCCGUUCUUUGAUGGACUUCUGUCUCAGCCAAUCUUUAGCGAUCAUGUACAAGAGCGGUGCGAGCGCUUAAAAAAUAGAUUAUUACGAACAAAGAGAAAUAAUAAAUUGGAUAGACGUCGAUUAAACAUUGAUGGCAUCUGUAAUGUCUAUUAUUUGUUAUAUUUCUCCCUGGAUUUAAAAAAUUGGACAACUACUUUUCCAUGCCAAAUUUAUGAUAUAAGGAAGAUUUAUUCACCAGCUUUUUUGCUCCACAUGAUGAUAAGCUUCAUUAUCAUCGACACCAUAGAUUUUAAAAGUGUGUAUCUUCAAAAUCAUGCUGCAUCGAUCGAAACAAGUAACAAGUAAUCUGAUGAAACAAUGUCUGGGAGAAUAUACGAGGGACAAUGUUUACUAAGAAGAAAAAGAAACCGCAAAUCUCCACGCCUACCAAUUUCGAACAUAGGGUGCAUACCGGAUUUGACAAACGUGAGGGCAAAUUUGUCGGACUGCCGCUGCAAUGGGCUUCCAUAGUUGGGAACAACCAGAUUUUAAAGUCGACCAACAGACCACUGCCCUUGGUCGAUCCAAGCGAGAUCACACCUACCGAGAUCCUUGACUUAAAGACCAUCGUAAGAGGUCACAACGAUCCUAGGAUAAGUAGACCACUUGCUACCGACAAGGCUGUGGAGAAUGGUCUGCCUAAGACCAGCACAGUUGCCCGUUCCAAUUCUCUACGUUCUUCGAGUCCACCACGACUCAGGAGAGAUUACAGGCAUAAUCUUCCACCAUCCGUCCCCGAAGGCCAAGAGAUACCUUCAAACAUCAAUCAAGGCUUUACAAACUUUGGCAAGCCACACAACUUCAUCGAUAAACUAAGGCAAAAUUCCCCGAGUGUUGGCAGUGGAUUAAACUCCAGCAUGCAAAACAUGAUCCCAAAUCUUCAAAAUCUCAAUCCUAAUAUGCAAUCUUCGCCAAAUUUAACUCACUCGGGCUCAAAUGUACCAAAUCUAUCCUUAAAUUUCCAAAACUUAAGUCCUAUUGUAAAUUCACAAGCUUCAGUACAAAAUUCAAAUACGUCGCAACUUCUUGAUACCGAAUUUCACAGACUAAAUUCGCAAAUGGCCGUGACGUCAGGACAAUAUAAUGGCAAUGUACAGGGUUCAACUAUGGAGGCAUCAAGGGAACAUCAAGUUGGCCAAAAUGUUUUAUUACACAAGCUACAGCCAAAAAUUUCGCCAGUGGGUUCAAUAGCCUCGCAACGACCUCUGAGUCAAUUGAGUUCACAUAAUAUUAAUAAAUAUCCUCAGGCAUAUGUAUCUGAAAAUUCAUCUAAUCUUCAAUCGCAUUUGAAGAAACCAAUGGAAACUUCUCAAUCAAUGCAUAAUUUAUCAAAACCAAGUUUACCAUCUGGAAUGUCAGGAACCAGUUCUACUCCAGAUCAAAAUCAAAAUAUGAAAAGUGCCGUCUCCUCAGGGAAUUUAGCUGUUGGUGCAAGUUCAAACAAUACCAAUAAACAAACGGAGCAGAGACUUACACAUGAACAGUUCCGGGCUGCUUUACAAAUGGUGGUAAGCCAAGGUGAUCCAAGAGAAAAUUUGGAGAAUUUCUUAAAAAUUGGUGAAGGUAGCACGGGAACUGUAUGUAUAGCUACAGAUAAGAGUACAAACCGUCAAGUUGCAGUUAAGAAGAUGGAUUUAAGGAAACAGCAAAGGCGUGAAUUGCUUUUUAAUGAAGUCGUUAUUAUGAGGGACUAUCAUCAUCCAAAUAUAGUCGAAAUGUAUAAUAGUUUCUUGGUGGACGAUGAAUUAUGGGUAGUUAUGGAGUAUCUAGAGGGAGGUGCACUAACUGAUAUCGUAACACAUUCAAGAAUGGAUGAAAGUCAGAUAGCUACAGUGUGUUCUCAGUGUCUUAAACCACUGGCAUAUUUACACUCGCAAGGUGUUAUACACAGGGAUAUUAAGUCUGAUUCAAUAUUACUUACGGCGGACGGCAGAGUAAAACUGUCAGAUUUUGGUUUCUGUGCUCAAGUCUCUCAAGAAUUACCAAAGCGAAAGUCUCUCGUCGGAACCCCAUACUGGAUGAGUCCCGAAGUUAUUUCAAGGUUGCCAUACGGACCUGAAGUGGAUAUCUGGUCAUUAGGAAUAAUGAUCAUUGAAAUGAUCGACGGUGAGCCACCAUUUUUCAAUGAGCCACCUCUACAAGCUAUGAGACGUAUCAGGGAUAUGCCCCCACCAAAAUUAAAGAAUUUUCAUAGAGUUAGUCCACGUCUUCAAGGUUUCCUUGAACGAAUGCUCGUGCGUGAUCCAGCGCAACGAGCUACAGCAGCUGAGUUAUUACAACAUCCAUUCCUUAGGCAGGCUCAAAGUCCCAGUAUUUUGAUUCCAUUAAUGAGAGGCGCCAGACACACAAAUUGUUGACGAGGUUACACUUUCGUAAGCUAGAAUGUUAGUCAAGGCAGGUAUUUCAUUUCCAGAAUAAUCCUCGACAAUAUCGUAUUGAACUACUUAUUUACUAAGGGCAGCUUUUGGCAAUUUAUGAGUUAUUUUAGAAAUUCUGCCAUUUUGUCUUUUAUGCAGAAGAUUUCAAAGUUUUUUGUUUUUCUUGUGUUAGAUACGAUCGAUUGAGAGAUAGUGAUCUAGUUUACACCGAACACUUGAUACGCAUACUAACAAAAGUAGUAUAUUUGCAUCAUAUUAUUUGAUACGCUCAGGUAAAACGCUCGCGGAUUAUUUUUGUGCGCUUCUGAUAGUCUGUUCUGAAUCACGAGUAUCAGGCCAUUUUGAUAAACAUAUCAAAAGAUCUUGCUCACUAUAAACACUUGGUUCGUAUUAAAAAAAUCCGUUUGGGGCUUUAAACGCGUGUUUGUCCAUUAUUGAAAAUAUUUUUGAAAUCGUCGAUUGCAUCACAAUCAGCAAUUAUAUGAAUUCCUAAUUUUGACUUUUGAGUGUCAAUUUUGUGUUUUUGCAUUAAACAGUUGACUUUUGAGAGAUGGAGAUAAUGACUCCAGUUCAGGAGGUUUAGGGGUGGGUGUCAAAUUCACUAAGAAAAAGAAGGUUCAUGUUAAAUCCGUCAUUUGCUGUACUAAUACCUAUUUCCACCAACACAGAUUAACUUUGAUCUUAAUUUAACUUACUUUUUAUCUUUCUUUAGUUCUAAGAAUUGGAAAAAGAUAAAAAGUAAGUUAAACUGAGAUCAAAGUUAAUCUACUUUAGUGGAAAUGGGCAUAAGUUGGAUUCAUUGAUUGAUUGCAUAUGAAGUUCAGUUCAGGAUCGUGUUAAAGUUAGAAGAUUUAUAUCUCAAAAGCAGAAAUGUUAUGCAAAAACGGUGCGAAUUGGACAGAUGGUGAAUUCGCGUAUGCAAACGUAUGCUUAACCAUAAAUCGUCCGACAUUUACAUAUAACUGCACUCUAAAAUCAACAAGGAAUUUGUCUGGAUUAAAAACCUAACCUGAUCUAUUUUGAGAUGGAUUGGUGCGGAAAUAGAUAUAAUUAUAUUAUAAACAAGAAGAAUUGGUCCACAUUGAAGUGUAUUUAUAACUACAUUAGAAAGAUCGGAAGAUUUAUUUAAAAAAUGAGAGAUUCUACAUAAAGAGAAUAGGAAGUCUGUCUUAUUUCGUCUGGAAAGGCGACGGAAGGCACUCUAUCUUCCACCCCGAAAUAAUAAUUAAAAAAAAAAGAUGGAUUGGUGUAUAUAGGGAUGUAUUUCAUGUAUCAAAUGCUUAGUCCAUACCAACUUAAUGCGCGGACCAACCGAUUUAACAGUGUAAACUAGGUCAAUGACAAUAUUCACACGUAUCAAUUUGGAAUAUUAUACAAUAUAUUGACGCUUCAGAAUUUUUGUAUUCAAAAAGUAUAAAGUAAUUUCUGAAUAACUUUCUGAAGUCAAAGACAAUAUGUUAUUCUAUUAAUUAUUAUUUUUUCCAUAACUUCAAGUUGUAAUAUUUGUAUAUAAACGAAUCCUUUCGAUCGUGUCUAUACGUAUAUAAUAUAUGAAAUUAUAAGUAUAAUUUU